GGGGGAAGGGAAAAUAGCUGGUCUGACCAGAGAAACGUAGAAACAAACACUAAAAAAAAGUCCCACUGUGAGGAAAUCUAUUGGCCUGUGCUCGGUUUUCUUUUUCGUGUCUUAAUUACCCAUAUUUUCUAUUUCGUUUUCUGGUUUCCAAUUUUUCCCCUCGCUCAAAACGUUGCAGUUAUUGUUGAAAGUCUAUAUGAAACAGAGCUCUUAAGUUUCCUGUCCUUGUGUGUCGUCGUAUACAUCACGUCGCCAGGAGUAACAAAGGAAUUAAUCGCAGCUCGGAUAUUUCCGAGUAUUCCUUGUUAUUUUAUUCUUCAAUUACGUUGUGCUCAUCCCAUCACCAGUUGUAUUGAGACAAGAAGUUUCUAGUUAUUUUUUCUAUAAACUUGCAAGAGAAGAUGGCUGCCCAGCCCAGCAGUAGCGCUGUCAGGGCCCUGGCCUUGGAGUACAAGAGCAUUCAGGAAGAGCCUGUUGAAGGAUUCAGAGUCAAAUUGAUGAACGAAGAUGUGCUUUUUGACUGGGAAGUGGCCAUUUUUGGCCCACCAGAUACCCUCUACCAAGGAGGUUACUUCAAGGCUCAGCUCAAGUUCCCACCCGAUUACCCUUACUCACCUCCCUCGAUGAGAUUUUUGACCAAAGUCUGGCACCCAAAUGUUUAUGAGAAUGGAGAUUUGUGCAUUUCUAUCCUUCACCCCCCGGUAGAUGACCCUCAAAGUGGAGAGCUCCCCUGCGAAAGGUGGAACCCUACUCAGAAUGUUAGAACAAUAUUGCUCUCGGUGAUAUCUCUAUUUAACGAGCCCAACACAUUCAGUCCGGCCAACGUUGAUGCCUCGGUCAUGUACCGCAGAUGGAAGGACUCGAAAGGCAAAGAUGCCGAGUAUGCCAAUAUCAUCAAGAAACAGGUGGCCGGUUCCCGAGCAGAGGCAGAUAAAGACAAUGUAGUGGUCCCGCUGACCCUAGAGGAUUACUGCAUCAAGUCCAAACCUCCAGUGACGGAAUCUCUGGAUAUGAAUGAUUUUUACGACGACUGCUACGAUCUGGAUGACGAGGAUUCCGACUAUGUCGAUCAGGACGACGAUGCCGAUGGAGCUGACGAUAGCGGAAACGAGAACGCUUAAGUGAUUCUUAGCCCCACGGAUCUCUUAAUGCCACCGCCCUCCACCCCUUCUCCUGAUUUGGAAUUCAACAUUCGUUCACCACUGUCCCACCCCACACUCCCAUUCUUCCACAACACAUCUUAAACCACCUUCAUUGUUUUUUCUUGCUGACGUAAAGUGAUUAGUGUUCGGAUAUAAAAGUUCUGUGGAAGUUUCUUAGUUUAAUAUCGAAACAGCCCACAUAAGGUUUCGGUUUCUUUUCUUUUUUUUGAAGGUUAAAGAUUUGCUCUGAGCGGAUGGGGUCCCCACUCUCCCACGAAAAAAUCAGAAUACGAAAAUAAUGAUGAAUUUCCCUCUUGGUUUCAGUCGAUCCCUUUAUACUGACCUCGACACGCAUUCGUGUUUCGUCGUUCCGCCCGUAUAUAUAUUAGUAAAUAUCACCUUAUCUUGGUGAGUAUCGAUGGAUUUUGGAGAGACUGGUUUACAGUUUUAAAAAAGAAAAAAACUAAUUUCCUCCCCGUUUUGAGCAAAGAAAAUUUUUGUGAGAAAAAAAGACAAAAAGAAGAGAACAAAAUUGAAAAAAAAAAUUAAUAAAAAUAAUGAACCCAAUGGCUAUUCAAUAACGUCUCUCUUCGAGUUCUUUUUUGUAUUUGUGCUGGUAUUCUUGUCCUCUAUUAUUUACUCUGUGGGAUUUCACCGAAAAUACAUGUCAUCUAGUGCGUUA